GCGAGCUGUUGCCGUCGGCUACCGGAAGCGCGACCGGUGACGAGAGCGGGAGCGACUCGGACUCGAUCCAGAUCUCGUCGGAUGACGACGGGUCCGACCUAGCCGAGCUGGGGAGCGAGGUUGGGAGUGGUGUGGGCGAUGACGGAUCGUGUUGUGGCUCGUCGUCGUCGGAAGACCUCGGGUUGGUCGAGGUGCCAUCGCCAGACGUGUACCCAUGGGUCAAGGACUUUGCGCGGAUUGCUUGGGGCGAGACGUGGACGGACGACGUGGUGUAUCCGAAGAUGGUGGAGGAAAACGAUAUUGGGUCGUUCCAGGAGGGCGUGGAGGCUGUGUGGCACAACUCGCGGCUCAACGAGCCGCUCGAGUCCAUGCUCCGGCAUUGCUACACCAACGCCGGCAUCAUCUCGUUGCGGCAAGCGCUGGUCGAGAUGUCGCUGGUGUGCAAGGCGUUUGUUCAGGAUGUACAUGUGCAGCUCUCAACGGUGGCAGCGUCUGUGGAGAACCUUGAGUCUUUUCUCGUCACUUCGGCCACAACGCUCGAGGUCAUCCGCGAAGCAGUCAACGAGAUCAAGCACUUUGCGUACUCGCAGGCGUCUGCGCGGCUACCGUCACUCAUUGCCGACGCCAUCUCGGUGACGUCGCUCUCGCUGAUGACCGAUCCUGCGCAGAUUCUGGAUCUUGUGGAUGCUGAGCUGGCGUCGCCGGACCGUGUACCCGGCACGCUCGAGGCCAAGGUGGUGCGGGCCAGGUUUGAAGCCAUCUUUGAUUCUCGCAAGCGUGCGCGGACGUCGGCCGGCUCUGUGCCCGACAAUGUCAAGUUUGCGUCGCAGGAGCAGGCAAGCGAGUUUGUUGACUUUAUGACGCACGUCUUCAAAGUGGCGUCUCUCAACAUCCAGUCUGCAUUGGUCUCCAAGCUUCUUUCGGGCGCGCGCGGCAUCAUUUCCGAGAUCGAGGCCAAGGUCAAGGAGGUACUCGAGCCGCACCUGCUGGCGUACCAGAACGACGUGCAAAAGGUGCUUGAGCUCUCGAUUGUGUUCCCUGAGCUUGAGACGCCCGAGCUCGAGUCGUUCGCCCACGACAUCCAGACGCACACGCUGCGGACGCUGGACAAGUCGUCGACGCGCAAGUUUGCGGUCUUUGGCUGUUCAAAUACAUCCCGGUACCGUCUCUCCGCAAGUCGUCUGCGUACGAGGUGUCUGGGCGAGUGAUCAAGGACGCGUUUGAGGCUGGCUUGCAGCGGGUAGCCGAGGCGACGAUGGACUCGGCCGAGUCGAUGUCGGAGAUGUUCCAGGCCAAGGUCGAUGAGUACGGAUCGCGUGUGGAGCGCGAGCUGUACCGGUUGAUGUAUCGCAUCAAGCAGACGGUCGACAAUAAGCGGUCAGCACACGACCACUCUGUCAUUGUGCAACAGUCGUGCGAGGAGAUGCUGUGGAAGUACAACCAGCUGGUGACUCGCCGAAAGACGCUGCUGCAGGCGCUGGAGGCCCGACUGCUGGCUACCGGGUCGUUUUCGGCCAUUCAGGGCGAGGGUGGUGCCGGGCGGGCCGACGUUGGAGCCGCGGUACCGUCGUCGUCGGUCCUCUCGCCCAAGUCGUUUGAGCCGUCCGAGUCGGUCAUUGCGCUGCAGCUGUUCGAGGAGAUUGCCGUGGGCGUUCCGCAUGGAGCAGGUGACGGCGAUGGAGCAGGCGCCGACGCGCUGGGCACAAGCAAGAGCAGCGGCGCGCAGCCAAGCCAGGCGCCGUUGAUGGUGACGCCGGCGUCGGCGCUAGCGAGCGUCGAGCCAGUCCAAGUGCUCGAACCGCUGGGUGACUCGAUUCUCGGUGUGCUGUACCAUGGCUUGUACCGCGGCGCCAAGGUUGCCGUCCGCAAGGUGGCGGCGGAGAGCCCAGUCGAGCACGCGGCGGCAGUGAGCAGUGCCAGUGGCCUCUGCACCGUGGCAAACUCGUCGCUGGUUCCGGUGCUCGGCUACUCUGAGACGUGCCCAACCGCGGUGUAUGUGGUGUACGAGUUUUCGCAUGCCUCGCCGCUCUCGGUCCUCAUCCGAAAGGAGGGCGGCCUACUCGACGAGAUGGAUGAGCGGGUCUCGAUUCUGCAUGACGUGGUGUGCGCGGUUGCAGCGCUGCACAAGGCCGGGCGAGUGCACGCCAAUCUCAACCUGGGCAACGUUCUUGUCCAGCGGUCGCGGCGGGGUCAGGUGACUGGCGCAUACCUGACAUCGAGCGCUGUACUGGUGCCGACCAAGCUCGACGCGUUUGAGCGGCAAGUCAUGCGUGGCAAGCACAUGUACUACCCACCAGAAAUCCUCGCGACAUGGAUGAGCGGCGAGAGUGUCGAGGCCACGGCAUGGACUCAAGCAGCGGACGUUUACGCGCUCGGAGUCCUCGCUUAUGAGCUCUUUACCGGUAUUGCGCUGGCGGAGCAUGCGCAGCACUUUACGCCCGAGGCGCUGGUGGCCGGAACCCGGCCGAUGUUCCCGCAGGGCUUUGUCGAUGAUCAUCCAGGAGUGGGUGACCUUGUAGAGGCCUGCUGGGACGCCGACGCCGCAAAGCGGCCUGACUGCACCUCGGCACUGCAGCUGCUCAAGACCAUGCAGUUUACGGUUGCGUUUGAUCGGGUGUUUUAACUCCGGCCAACUAGCGUCCUGCCUGCGACUGGAUUUGGGCAGUCGGCGUGCACUAGCACAGAAAUGAACUGAUGACAUCUUCAAACAA